AUGAGGUUUACAAUAAUCAGAGUGUUUUGCACUAUAAUAUUGAGUUUAGAGAUCCGCGGAAAAAGUAUUACCCGACAUACAAAUGUCAAGUGUGAAGUAUUGGACAAAUCGUUUGCAGAAUUCUCCGUUUGUAAGCUCAAUGUUUUGGGUCGUGGUAUAAUCGCAGAGAACGUGUACAUCAAAAUGCUGAAGCUUCCUAUUCAAAAAAUCAGUCUGAACUUUGCUGUCUAUAAGAAGUUGUCGGGAUACCAUCCGUUUCUAUUCAAUGUCACCGUUGAUUUUUGUCACUAUAUGAAACAUCCCAAUCCUAUGAACAUUUUUCACUACUUCUACACCGCUGUGAAGCCCUAUAGUAAUUUCAAUCAUUCUUGUCCUUAUAACGUAAGUCAUGAUAUACUUGUAAAGGACUUUGUCUUGACCGAUCAAAUGUUCGCGAAAAUUCCGCUUCCAACGGGAAACUACAUGAUUAGUUUUAAAUUGGCCACCGACGAUGUGUGGAGAGCGGCCCUUAAUACGUAUUUUGACGUUAAUGUGGAAAAGUAG